UUGUACGCUGAUAUGAUUGGCCGGCCCCUCGCGACUCUCUUUUGCUCCCUGGCUGUGUAAGGGUUUGCCGCCAUCAUGAAUGACACAGUCACCAUCCGGACCAGGAAGUUCAUGACUAACCGACUACUUCAGAGGAAACAAAUGGUCAUCGAUGUGCUCCACCCUGGGAAGGCGACCGUGCCCAAGACAGAAAUCCGGGAGAAGCUAGCCAAAAUGUACAAGACUACGCCCGACGUCAUCUUUGUGUUUGGGUUCCGAACUCACUUUGGCGGUGGCAAGACAACGGGCUUUGGCAUGAUUUACGAUUCCUUGGACUACGCCAAGAAAAACGAGCCGAAACACAGACUCGCAAGACAUGGCCUGUAUGAGAAAAAGAAGACUUCGAGGAAGCAGCGGAAGGAGAGGAAGAACCGGAUGAAGAAGGUCCGGGGAACUGCCAAGGCCAACGUCGGUGCUGGCAAAAAGUGAGCUGGAGAUGGAUAACAGCCGAAGGAGUAGAUUUUGCAGUGACUUAUCUGCGGAGAUUUGCGAGUUUUUCACGGGAAUUAAUAAACUGUAAAAAAACUUCCUGUGUGUCUUGUU